UAUCACAGCGCACUCGCGCGGCCUCUUGCCUCCCCCGUUCCCCAUUUCCCCUUCUUCCCCAUCUCGCUCUCUCGAACUCCUCUCCGGGCCUCUCCCCUGCCGUGAAUCUGCUGCGGCUAGCCCAGCUAGCAGCUCGAGACCGUGGAGGAGGGCGACCGGCUGCUGGCCGAGGAUCCCAAGAUGGGGCGCGGCAAGAUCGAGAUCAAGCGGAUCGAGAACGCGACCAACCGGCAGGUCACCUACUCCAAGCGCCGCACGGGGAUCAUGAAGAAGGCGCGCGAGCUCACCGUGCUCUGCGACGCCCAGGUCGCCAUCAUCAUGUUCUCCUCCACCGGCAAGUACCACGAGUUCUGCAGCCCCGGAACCGACAUCAAGACCAUCUUUGACCGCUACCAGCAGGCCAUCGGGACCAGCCUGUGGGUCGAGCAGUAUGAGAAUAUGCAGCGCACGCUGAGCCAUCUCAAGGACAUCAAUCGCAACCUGCGCACAGAGAUUAGGCAAAGGAUGGGUGAAGAUCUGGACAGUCUGGAGUUCGACGAGCUGCGCGGUCUUGAGCAAAAUGUUGACGCCGCUCUCAAGGAGGUUCGCCACAGGAAGUAUCAUGUGAUCAGUACACAGACUGAUACCUAUAAGAAGAAGGUGAAGCACUCUUACGAGGCGUACAAGAACCUGCAGCAGGAACUGGGCAUGCGCGAGGACCCGGCGUUCGGGUUCGUGGACAACACGGGUGCCGGCGGGUGGGACGGCGCGGUGGCGCUGGGCGGCCCCGGCGCGGCGGACAUGUACGCCUUCCGCGUGGUGCCGAGCCAGCCCAACCUGCACGGCAUGGCCUACGGCUCCCACGACCUGCGCCUCGGCUGAUCUAGCUAUCUAGUAGCGGCUUGUCUUGUGCAUUGCCAUGCGUAGCGUGCAGUGUCGCUGCACGCCAAGCAAUAUAAUGCAAGUUCGUCACCAAGUAUGUAACUGAGGUGGUAUUGUAACGAAUAAACUGAUGAACCAGCUAGCCGCGUACGUGCUUGCUUCGUCCACGGCCCCAGCUCUUCGUGGUGCUUAUUCUCAUGUAACCGUUCGUGUGUUCUACUUGUGUAACAUACGUGUGUCAUUUAUAAUUGUAUUGUAUUGUAUCGUAUCGUAUCGUGGUACAAUGUAUUGGUUGGUUGGUGUUCAAGAAAAAAACCAAGUAUUGGUUGAUUA